CUACUCGCCUUCCUGAACGCCUAGUGUUCCCUCCGGGGAUGGAGGAACUGAGGGCCCAGCUGGAGAAGGAGCUGAAGGGAGACACGCUGUUUGAAGCUGACUUCGCCCUGCUGGACGGGAUCAAGGCCAACGUCAUCCUGUGCAACCAACAGCACCUGGCUGCCCCUCUGGUCAUGCUGAAACUGCAGCCUGAUGGGAAACUCAUGCCCAUGGUCAUCCAGCUCCAGCUGCCGAAAAUAGGAUCCCCGCCACCUCUGCUUUUCCUGCCCACGGAUCCCCCAAUGGUCUGGCUUCUGGCCAAGUGCUGGGUCCGGAGCUCUGACUUCCAGCUCCACGAGCUGCAGUCGCAUCUCCUGAGGGGACACCUGAUGGCUGAGGUCAUUGCUGUGGCCACCAUGAGGUGCCUUCCCUCACUACAUCCUAUCUUCAAGCUCAUAAUCCCCCACCUGCGCUACACGCUGGAAAUUAACGUGGCAAAUGGGCUGGUCUCCGACAUGGGAGUUUUCGACCAGGUGUUCAGCACAGGUGGGGGAGGCCACGUGGAGCUGCUCAAGCGAGCUGGAGCCUUCCUGACCUAUAGGUCAUUCUGUGUCCCUGAUGACUUGGCUGACCGGGGCUCCUCGGGUCAAGUCUUCCUUCAUUGCCCAAGAUGCCUGGAGCUCUGGGGAAUCGUCUCUCGGUACGUGGAGGGCAUGGUGAAUCUCCACUACAAGACAGACGAGUCUGUGAGGGACGACCCUGAGCUGCAGAGCUGGUGUCGCGAGAUCACUGAAAUUGGGCUGCAAGGCGCUCAGGACCGAGGGUUUCCUGUCUCUUUGCAGUCUCAGGAGCAGAUUUGCCGCUUUGUCACCAUGUGCAUCUUCACCUGCACUGGCCAGCACUCCUCCGUCCACCUGGGCCAGCUGGAUUGGUACACUUGGGUCCCUAACACACCCUGCACGAUGCGGCUGCCCCCGCCGACCACCAAGGACGCUACGCUGGAGACAGUGAUGGCAACACUGCCCAACGUUCACCAGGCUUCUCUCCAGAUGUCCAUCACUUGGCAACUGGGCAGACGCCAGCCCACCAUGGUGGCUGUGGGCCAGCAUGAGGAGGAGUAUUUUUCGGGCCCUGGGCCCAAGGCUGUGCUGAAGAAGUUCAGAGAAGAGCUGGCUGCCCUGGAUAAGGAAAUCGAGAGCCGGAAUGCAAAGCUGGACAUGCCUUAUGAGUACCUGCGGCCCAGCCUGGUGGAAAACAGUGUGGCCAUAUGAAGGUCCCCAGCCUGUGGCUGUUUCAGCCCCCUCCAAGCCACAACCCCGCCCCUUGGUGGGUUCAGUCCUGCCCUCCCAAGCCCCGCCCUCUUCCCCCUGUCCCACCCUCAUUGUCUCCGCCCCCAGCAAACAGAUUUUACUCUAGAGGCAUCACCCAGGGGCCUCCCUCCUCCUUCCCUUCCUCUUUUCCUAUUUCCCUCCCUCUUCUAUCAGAUCAGGGUGAUAAUACCUAUUGCUUACUCCACACCUUUUAUGCACCAAAUGUGAUUCUGAACCUAAAUCAAGUUUAACAACACAAAAGGAUAUUUUAGACUAAUGAUAGAAAAGAACGAAGACAACUGUGUUAAAUAAAACGUUGGCAAAAGAUGA